CACAUCAUGACCUACGGUCCCAACCCUUCUCGUAUCACGGGACCAGGCAUAUCUACCACAUCUAUCCAACCCUUAGGCAUGGAGCUCCUAUUUUGCCUCGCUAGCUUAACACAUACAUACAACCCAGACGACACCGAAGAAUGGGCGUAUCGUUUGCCGACCAACGUGGGACCAAAAGCCCUGGAGAACGGUGUGAGCUAUGUGUCGCAGCUCAACGUUAGUUCUUUGGAGGAACUCCGCGCUUUGGACUAUAGUGACUUCCGCGACGGCAUUUUCGGAGCUGUUUUGGAUGGCUAUGCUAUGCCCGACACCUACAUGAACACCCUGCUCCACGGUGCAGCCAACAACGUGCCAAUCUUGACUGGCAACAACAAGGACGAGAGUGGUGCCGAGUAUUCUCCACAUCUUCGACAAUGCCUUCUGACUCCCAAUUUCAUCAGCAUCAUUGGAAUACUCCCACGUGGCAGUGUUGACGCUCGGCUCAUUGUGGCUGACAGACUGGAGCACCGUCAUUGGUACGGCGUGGCCAACCACGAGAGAUGAUGUUAUUUGUUGAGCUAGAAGUUAUCUCAAGAACACCUGGAAGGAAUCUCUGAAUGAGUGUCUUAAAUGUGCACGUGCAAGAUAAGACGAGGGCGACAUGGGCGACAUGGAUUUCUACAGAUGACCAGUUCAAUGAUUGCACCUAAUAUCGCAGUUAGAACCAGGCAAUGGGUGAAGAUG